AUGGCAUAUUCUAAAGAUAAUUCAUUAAAUUUUGAUAUUAUCUCAUGGGAUAUAAUAAGUAAUUAUUUAAAAGAAAAUAUUGAAAUAAAACGAAAUAAUCAAAAUGAUCAUUGGUUACAAUUACUUAAUGAACGUGUUGCAAAUUCACAUCGAGAAUUAGCACCUUCAACACCAGCUAUUAAUAAUUAUAUGCAAUGGAUACGUUCAAGAAAUAAAAAUAUUAAAGCUGGACCAAAAACAAUACCAUCAUCUAUUUUAGGACCGAAGAUUAACGAAGGUGAACUUAUUGAUGUUCGAAUUUCUUGUCGAGGUCCAGAUGAUAAAUUAUAUGAUCGAGAUGAACAAUUACGACAACGUUUACCACGUGGAUGUACUCUAAUUCAAUGUAAAUUAAAAGAUGAAGCACAUCCACGUUUAGAUUUUGGUCUUUUUGCAUUGCGAAAAUUUAGUGGUGGUCUUGGUGAUGAUGAUGAUCGAGAAGAUGAUAAUCAAGCAUGGCUUCGUUAUUUUCUUGAACAUCCUCGAACAGCAUCUCAAAUAAUCUGUACAAGAAAGAUUAAUGGUGAAGCAUGUCAUUUAUCAUGUAUAUCUCUUCCCCCAGAUAAUCGUUUAAUGUUAAUUGCUGGUUCAAAAAAUGUUCAUUUAUGUUUUCGUACACAUUCGGAUAUAUCAAUGUAUGGUAAUGAAUCAACAUAUAAUUAUGCAAGUUCGUUUUGUCAUACAAUUCUUGAUACAUUAUCAUGUAUGCCUGAUCAAGGUACAAUGUUAUUAAAUUUUUUAUCAUUAACACGUUAUACAGCUGUUUUUGAAAUACUUAAUUAUUCUCAUCAACAUAUUGUUAAUUUAUCUUAUUUAAAAAAUGAAAAGAAUCGUUCACAAUUAAAAUUUAUAACAUUUUCACAAGUACCACAAGAUUUUGAACAAGUUGUUACUAAUCUAUGUGCAUUACCACCUGAUUAUGCUAUUGAAAUAGCUCGUUGUUUACAUUUAUCAACAACAGAUUAUGAUAUUAUUGAAAAUCAAUCACAUAUUCUUAAUGAAUAUUUAACAUCAAUCAAAUAUCGACAUGAAUGUGAAGGUAGUGUUCUUUAUUUUCUAAAUAAAAAUGAUCAAGUUAUUGGUUUAUUAAAAAAGAAAACAAUAUGGUAUGUUAUACUUCGUGCUAUACGUGAAAAAGCUCGUCCAAUGAUAUCUGGAUGGGAAAAAAAUCAUAAAUUAGAUUUAUCUGAAACAAUAGAUAAAACUACUCGUCGUUUAAAUGCUAUACAAAAAUGGUUAGGAUUUUCAAAUGAAAUACUUAAUCAAUGGAAAAUGUUAGCUGGACAAUUUCUUAAAUGGUUAGCAGAAGGAGCUAAAAAGAAACUAAUUACAAGAAUUGACAUUAGCGAUGAAUAUCCAAUGCUUUGGUCAAAAUUUCUUGGAGAAACUAAUAAUCCUGAUGAUUUUAUGAAACAAAUGGUUGAUAAAAAUGAUGAAGAAGAUGUUUGGAAACAAUUAAAUGAAAUGAAAAUUAAUGAACAAAAACCGAAAAAUGAAAAUAAAAUUAAUCAUGCAAGAAAAACAAAACAGCCAAGUGAUUUAGAAUAUGAAGAAGAUAUUGAUUUAGCUCUUCAAGAUCUAGAUGAUGAUAAUAAUAAGGAUGAUGAUGAUGAAGAAAACUAA